UUACUAAUCGUUUCCACCCUUGGAUGAGAUUGAGCGGUCGGCUCUGGUACACUUGCUCUCUGUCUCUUCUUGGAACUGCGACUCUUUUGUAUGAAACAACUUUUCAGAGUUCGCGUCUCCCUACUUUUUACCCUGCUCCCACCUCUUUGCGCCUUAAGAUAAUAGACUCUACUCCGUUUGAGGAAUUUGCAUAGGUCCGGAUUAAUUUCGGUUUCCCUUUGGAGUAAAGGCUUUGUUUUUGUCAUUUCUUUCCGUGAAGAAAUUUGGGAGUUUGGCAAUUGAGCAAUCAAGUUAGACACAAAUAAGUUUCUGCAACGAAGUUGGUGUGAAGGUUCUCUCAUGGAGGUUCGCCGUGCCACAGAGAACUCCAUCUCUCCUUCUCCCACCUCCUCCAAGCACCCCAAACCUCCUCCCAAGCCUGUUGAUAGCAAUUCUGUCUCUUUGAGGCUUCAAAAGGAAUUGAUGAUAUUAAUGAUGAGUGGAGAUGUUGGAAUAUCAGCAUUUCCUGAAGGCGAGAACAUUUUCUCUUGGAUUGGUACCAUCAAGGGUGGCAAUGGGACUUGCUAUCAAGGAUUAUCUUACAAGCUCUCUUUGCGUUUUCCACUAGACUACCCCUUUAAGCCACCGCUGGUUAAGUUUGAGACAAUGUGUUUUCAUCCAAAUGUGGACCAGUAUGGCAACAUAUGUUUGGACAUUUUCCAGGACAAGUGGUCUUCGGCUUAUGAUUGCAGAACCAUUCUUUUGUCAAUCCAGAGCCUUCUGGGAGAACCAAAUACGGAGAGUCCCCUCAACAGCUAUGCCGCUGGACUGUGGAGCAAUCAAGAGGAGUACAAGAGAGUGGUGCACAAGCAGUAUAUUGCUGAAGGAGGAAUCAUUGAAACCUGAAUUGCGAGUCUCUCUCUCUAUCUCUCUCUCAUUGCACGUAUUUUCAUCCUUGUAUGCUGAGCCUGCGGUAAACAUAUUUUCUCAUCUAUGGCGAAGCUCAUGUAUAAUCUGGUACAUUGCCUGAACUCUCUUGGAGCUCCACUUGCAGAACACUGAAUAUUGAGGCCAACGUUUGGACUUGAAACUCCAUUAUUGUUAUACACUGGAGUGUCAUUUGUUAUCAAUGACCGUUGCUUGAAUCUUGACGUUCCAUUCUGGGAUGUUUGGUACUUGGCAAUUAACCUGUUGAAUCUUGACGUUCCAUUCUGGGA